UACUUGCAGUUGCAGUUUCAAAAAGAAACACAAGACCUGUAAACGAAAAAAAAAAAACUGAUAUCCUGACCCAUCACAUCCAGCUGCGGAAACUAAUUGAAGCUCGGUAAUAUUGCGGUUACGCUAUUUGACACCCAUUGAUCACGACCAGCCAUGGUCGUCACGCGCAGGACGCCGGUGGUGCCUUCACCACCGGUAUCACGAUCCCAAUCUUCGCAGGGGGUGCCACGUCCAGCGCGGGCGUCACUCGCUCAAGAUGUAACCAAUUUUCCAAUGUCAUCCAGCCCAUUGGCUUCUGGAGAGCCCCAUGUUGCGACAUUUGUUGCGGAGGCCGGAGAACGCACGAAUGCUUCUGAUAAGCAUUCCGGCAAGAAUAAACCAAAGAAACAUCGAAAGAGCAAACGCCGGAAGUCCAAUUUCCAGGCAUUCCUUGAUUUUCUCACCAAACUCCUCCUUCUCGCAUCCACGAUCUACGCCUUUACCAUCUGUCCUCAUGAGCCCCACCAGCAGACGCCCCUUUGUCGCGGCUUGUUAGAAUACAAGCGGAUGGUACUUGACCCUUACAUCAUCCCUCCAAUACAAGCCGCCUUCUCACACCCAUCCAUUGCACCCCACAUUAACCGUGCAAGACCAUAUAUCUACCACACGAUCCAAGCCACUGUGCCUAUCAUUUCCCAUGUACAAUCGGGGUGGAACACGCACGUGAUUCCUCAGUGGGAGAAAUACGUGGUCCCUGAAUGGAAUAAGCGUAUUGUCCCGCAUUGGCAUAAGCACGUAACUCCUCGAGUGGAGCUGGCUGAACAGACUCUUGCACCGUAUCGGCGGCGGAUCGAACAGGUGUAUGAGCAAAAUUUCGCACCGCAUGCUCGACUUGCAGUCUAUAAUCUCCAGCGCUGGCAACGCCAAGCGCGCCCGUAUAUCCUUUUGGCAGCCUCCAAGACACAAGAGGGUUACUAUGCCGCGAAACCGUACACUGCCCCUCUAUUGAAACGGGCUGGACACAUUUUACAACAAUUUGCCCUGUUCCUUCAGGACCAGCGGCAGAAGCUAGUCGAUCCCCACGUAUCCAAGAUCUGGGAAAAGGUCAAGGAACUCAGUAGGGGGCAACAGACCGUGGAGGGAUUUGAACCCACCGCAGAAUUCCUGUCAACUGAACCAAUGCUGUCAGUUGGAGAUGAACUGCCUGGGGAACAAGCGUUGUCACCCGAACCAGUACCGUCAAUCACUCCAAUACCCGAUGAGACUUUGACCUCCACGCUAACUCCUUCUGUAACACCUAUCCCCCAAGAUGGAUCGAAUGAAGGUGAAUUUUCAGCUAGGGAACCUUCUGUAACAUCCGAGUAUGACACCCCUAUCACCUAUGACGACGACGCGGUCUCAACGACCGCAGAACCUGCCUAUUCCGUCACAGUGCCUGUAGAAGCAUCUACGGCACUCCCUGAAGUGGAAACCGUUCUCCGCGGAGAAUCUGUCCUCCUUGAAAGCCUUCAUGCAUCAGAACCAUACCCCUCUAUGAUUGCGUCGGUCACAGAAGAACCAAAUUCAUCUGCCUUCUCCCCCACUUCUGCUGAAUCGAGCCGUCCCGCUGUUACCAAGCCGACAGGGCCGACGGAAGGUGCUUUGCGGGCAACGUUGUCCGGAGACAAUGAUGACAUUGACAUGGAUGCAUUCUAUGCCGAGCUCGGCCUCAAUGAGCUUCCAGCUGACCCUCAGCAACAUACGUUUGUUCCACCCCACCUUGUUGAAACGGAAGAGGAGCAAGCCGAAAGAUUACGUCUCAAGGCUGAUGAGAUCGCUCGCAAGCGUGCUGAUAUUGAGGCGCGUCAUGCCAAGUGGGAAGUGGAAUUAGAAGCUCAAAAGGAACGAAGCACUGCCGAACUCCAAGACCACUUGCUUACGUUGCGUGAAGCUGCGGCGGUUGAGUUAUUUUCCUCGACUGAAGUUGAGAAUGCCCUCGAAACUCUCGCUUCCGAGGCAGAAAAAUAUAUCAAGGGUGCCGAGAUCUAUCUCAAGAACCUUAAGGCCGAAAACAGGAAGCGCGACGAGAAGCUCGCGUUGUGGGACCGUGUCGUUCAAAAGGUAGCAAGUAAGUUUACCGAGAGGCUGCACGCUGCUGAAGCAGUGGUAAAUGGUCCAUACAAUGUUCUGCUGCAACUGGAACUGCAAGAGGUUUCCAGCGCCACAGCAAAAGUGCGCGACAUCGCAGAGAAAGGUCAGGUGGACCUAGGGCUAGAUUAUGCCUGGUUAGAUGACGUGACCUACAACGACUGGCAGCGGUAUCACAGUUUGAUGGGAGUCAGUGACAACUAUGCUGAAGAAGCAGCCUCAAUCCAGAAUGGCACGCAUCCUCACGUAGUGGUGGCUAAUCCAUUGGCCCCUAUCACUGAGGACCUGCAAUCCGAAGUCUUGGAUAUUGUCAUUGGUUUUGAGACGCGCCUCAGACGAUUAAAACGGGAGGGCGAGCGUGCAUUCAAUGGCAACGGCGCUGUACAAAAGGAGGAAGAAAAAGGUCCCGUUGCGGAGCCUGAAGUCUCCAUUCUACCCAUCCCUGGCACCGAUACGAGAGAAAGGGCGCAGACAUUUAUUCCUCCCGUGAUCAUUGGCCGAAGUCAGCAAGAAGUUUUUGAUGCACUGAACAACGCAAACUCUCUUGAUCAACCAGCUGAAGCCAGUGCUGAUCCUGAAGAGGUGGUGUCAAGUCUUGUGCGGGAGGCGGAGGUUGAAGAGGAAGUUCAUCCGGCAAGUUCCGGUAUGCUUCACACUGAAUUAUGAUAAUAUUGCUGUGUAUUAUCAAAGAGUGACCUGACUGUGCUCUGCAUUUUUGGCGGUGUAUUGACUAUGAUCCGGGCUCCCUCCAUUCUAAUCAUUUUGUCCUAUUGAAACUAUGACUUGUUUUCCAGUGGAUUAUUACUUCCGGUCGCGGUGACCUCUAUAGUACUUCGGC